UCGUGAAACAUUCCAGAGGAAAUCUCCAAUAUCGAAAAGAUACACCACAACAGUAUCUUGGGGAAUAUAUACGAGAAUGUGUUGAUGAGAAAGAUAUUAUUAAAAAGUUCAACCUAAUAAAAUUCAAGGAAGUGUAUAUCGGUCAGUGUGAAAGUUCGGGAAUCGACUUUACAAAACGACUUUACAACGGAAUAUGCAAAUUGCGCUCUCAUCUACGUUGGUUAUUCUCCUUUCCGUUGUAGCACAAACUUCAGCCAUACGAUGUUACAUUUGCGGCCCUGGAGCCCAAGAACCAUUUCAAAAUAUGAAAGCCGCUGGCGGAUUUAAUAGCGACCCACCAAAUACCAGUGGUCAUAAUGGAUAUGAUCAAACCCGGCUAUCUACAACAAAAAUACCAAACACUCAUGCUAUGGAAUCCAUGUUUGCAUCAUGUGAGAAUUUUGAGGAGAAGACUGAUUUUCCGCAGGAAUUCAUUAGGGAAUGUCCACCACUGUAUACCGGAUGUAUCACCGAAAUUGGAGGAAAUCGAACCACAACACGUACAUGUGAAAUAUUAGACAUAAACGACUGCAAGAUAGCUAACAAUAUAACAUAUUGUUAUUGUAAUAGCGAUUUAUGUAACAACGAAAAGGUAGCUAUCCUGACAAACAGAGCUUGGAAAUCUAUUGAUCCAAUGGAGGAUUCCGACGACGAGGAUUUCGCUGAAUCAUCCGGAAUGGAUGAAAACAGAUAUCAUAAACAGAAAAAUGGGAUUAAACCGACAAUUGCCAAUGGACAAGACAAUAUAGGAGCAGGACGAGUGUCAGCACCUUCCAUAUUGCUACAUUUUGUAUUUUGUAUUUAUUUUAGCGGAUUUAUUCACUACAUUCCAGAUAUGUUGAGAGUUCAGUAUGAAAUAUAGAUAUAGAGCGUUUUCGUGAUUUAUUUUCUGAUGUGUAGUUUUAAUAAAUGGAUAAAUUCAUUUUCCAUUCAGGCCUCGAUAUUUUUUAAAGUGUACUUAUAA